UAUUCAGCAUGUUUUGCACAAGAAAUGUCAGCCAGAAAGGGCUAUCUGCUCCCUUCGCCAAAUUAUCCCACAACAAUGUCAUGCUCGGAGAGCCCCGCCGCGAACUCUUUUUUGGUGGACUCGCUCAUCAGCUCGGGCAGAGGCGAAGCGGGAGGUGGUGGAGGUGGCGCUGGGGGCGGCGGCGGCAGUGGUUACUACGCCCACGGCGGGGUCUACCUGCCGCCUGCCACCGACUUGCCCUACGGGCUGCAGAGCUGCGGGCUCUUCCCCGCACUGGGCGGCAAGCGCAAUGAGCCGGCUUCGCCAGGCGGUGGUGGCGGUAGCGGGGCCCUGGGCCCCGGAGCGCACGGCUAUGCGCCGGCGCCCAUAGACCUGUGGCUAGAUGCACCCCGGUCCUGCCGGAUGGAGCCGCCUGAGGGGCCGCCGUCGCAACAGCAGCAGCAGCCACCUCAGCAGCAGCCGCCGCCCCCGCCACAACCACCCCAGGCCCCACCACAGGCCACCUCGUGCUCUUUCGCCCAGAACAUCAAAGAAGAGAGCUCCUACUGCCUCUACGACUCGGCGGACAAAUGCCCCAAAAGCUCAGCGGCCACCACCGAUCUGGCCCCCUUCCCGCGGGGCCCGCCGCCCGACGGCUGCGCCCUAGGAGCCUCCAGUGGAGUGCCAGUGCCCGGCUACUUCCGCCUCUCUCAGGCCUACGGCACGGCCAAGGGCUACGGCAGCGGCGGCAGCGGCGGUGGCGUGCAGCAGCUCGGCGCCAGUCCAUUCCCGGCGCAGCCCCCGGGGCGCGGUUUCGACCCGCCACCGGCACUCGCCUCUGGUUCGGCCGAUGCCGCCCGGAAGGAGCGAGCCCUCGAUUCUCCGCCGCCCCCAACGCUGGUUUGCGGCGGCGGCGGUGGGGGCUCUCAGGGCGACGAGGAGGCGCACGCGUCAUCCUCCGCCGCGGAGGAGCUCUCCCCGGCCCCUUCCGAGAGCAGCAAAGCCUCGCCCGAGAAGGACUCCCUGGGCAAUUCCAAAGGCGAAAACGCAGCCAACUGGCUCACUGCAAAGAGCGGCCGGAAGAAGCGCUGCCCGUACACCAAGCACCAGACGCUGGAGCUGGAGAAAGAGUUUCUGUUCAACAUGUACCUUACUCGAGAGCGGCGCCUAGAGAUCAGCCGCAGCGUCCACCUCACGGACAGACAAGUGAAAAUCUGGUUUCAGAACCGCAGGAUGAAACUGAAGAAAAUGAACCGAGAAAAUCGGAUCCGGGAGCUCACAGCCAACUUUAAUUUUUCCUGAUGAAGCUCCAGGCGAUGCCGGUUUUUUUUCCCCCCGCUGCCAGAGCGCCCGUCCCCUCCCUCUGUCUUCAGCCUCUUCCCCAGAACUCGCACCUGUGUUGGAGCCCCAUUCUACCCUUCCACACUCGCCAUCUCCCGGGCCGUUACAUCUGUGCAGGGCUGGUUUGUUCUGACUUUUUGUUUCUUUGUUUGCUUGGUGCUGGUUUACUUGUUUUCAGGGGGAAAAAGCCAUAUCGCGCUAAAUUCUAUUGAAAUAGAUAUUGUCCUAAGUGUCAAAUCCUGACUGGGCUUGGUUUGCUGUCUAGGGGUCUCAAUGCUUGAAAUAACCCCUAUCCUCCUCCUUCCAUCCUUAGAGCUAUUUUCCUGCCCACCUCAGACAACCUAGCCAGAAGACCCAGGUCCCACUGUCGGUCCUAAGGUGCCUGGCCUGAGGUCAAUGGUGCAAGGAGCCGCCACUGGGUCCGCUUGCCUGGAGGGCUGGGCUGUGUUUAAUCAGGGGAUUCAGGCCCCUGGGUUUCUUUUUUCUUCUUCCUUUCUUCCUUGGCCAAGAGAAGGGCAUACAGGCAUAGACAUGCAGGUUGGCAAUAGAGCUUGGCUUUGGCUGAUUGAAAAAGCAGAAAGAGAAUUAUUAUUUUUUUCCUUCCUCUGUAAGAUAUCCCAGCUUUAAAAGAAAAAAAAAGUGACCAAGAGAAGGAAACUUCUCUUCUAGAUUGUGUAAGGUCUUGCAUUGCCUGAYUAAAAUGUUUCAUUUACCUCUGAAUUUCCAUUUUCUUCUGGCUGUUGAGAAUAAUGUAGUUUUGUUUAUACAUGUGGAAUUAGUGGAUUUUUUGUCAUUAAAAUCGUUACCACUGGUAACACCCGAAAAGCACACCACAAUUCUCCCUGUCUUGUGGAGGUUUAUUAUUAUUAUUAUUAUUUUACAUUUUUUUACAUAUUUUUGUGUGUGGAUGGCUUUCUGAAAUUCACGGAAGCCUAGGAGGGCUGAGGCAAGCAGAAUAAACUAGAGAAGGGAGACAUUGUUUGGAUUUCCUUUAUACUGUGAAGUUACAUGCAUAAAAGGGUCAAACCUGUAGGUGCAGAAAAAAGAAAAAAACUAUAAAUACAAAUCUGUAUAAAUGUCUAUUAUUAUGAAAAAUUGCCAAUCAUGUUUUAAGCAAAUGCAUUCUAUCAUUAUUAUAAAUGUUAGUUCUAGCUCUAUUUACUUCUAAUCUUAAAUCAGAAUAAAUUAAUAUUGUAUUGCUGCUGUGCGUGGAAAAAAGACGAUGUUUAUGUUCUUAUAGAAUAAAAGCUGUGGAAUGAAGCUUUUUAAUUUUA